GUGAGCUUUUACGUGUACAAGGUGGUGAUAACCGAUAUCAAUUCAACGAAUCCGUAUAUACAAUACACACUUUUUUUCAUCUUACCAUAGAUUGUAUACUUUUCCUUGGAUUUUUCCGAGUGAAAGAAAGAAAAUCGGUUGGAAAUCGGUUGGUGCAAAAGUAGUGUCGAAAGGGGCGACAUGGAGCGCUGGGCCGGCAAGGUCGCCGUCGUUACCGGAGCUAGCGUCGGCAUCGGAGCUGCUAUUGUCAACAAGCUGCUGGAUAACGGUCUGAUAGUGGUGGGGUUGGCCAGGAGAGUCGAAAAGAUCAAAGAACUGACGGACGACCACGAGGCCAAACUUCACGGUAUCGAGUGCGACGUAACGAACGAGGAGAACGUCAUCACUGCCUUUGCCUGGAUCAAAGAGAACCUCGGCUCGAUCGACGUGCUCGUCAACAAUGCCGGCAUCACCAAGGAGUCCUCGCUGUCUGAAGGCUCCCUCGACGAUUGGCGCAGCAUUAUCGACGUUAACGUGCUGGGCCUGUGCGUGUGCACCCGCGAAGCCGUGAGGUUCAUGCGCGAGAGUGACAAAACCAAAGAGCACCUUAUCAUCCACGUGAGCAGCUUGGCUGGCGAGCGAGUGCCCAACGUGCCUGGCUUCAAUGUUUAUCCGGCUACCAAAAAAGCCAUCAGUGUCCUCGCUCAGACCCUAAGGCACGAGCUUGCCGCCCACAACAAUAUUCGCAUCUCCACCAUCAGUCCAGGCCUAGUGGCGACUGAGCUCAUGGCAAAUUUUUCCUCCUUUACGCCAGAAAUACUUAUGUCUCUGCCAGUGCUGUUUCCAAACGACGUCGCAGAGGCAGUGGGUUUCAUUAUGUCGUUACCUUCCCACGUAGCGGUUCAAGACAUUUCACUCAGGGCAGUUAGCGAGUCUUGGUAGAGCAUCGACUUUCACGAGUCGGCGUGGCUUCCCUUGUGACGAGUAAGAAUAGAACGAGAAUCAUUCUUUCCUACGGAUAGAUUAUGUAAAUGAUGUAAAUGCUUACUAAUUGUGUAAAGAUAUGCAUGUAUAAAAAUUUAUAUAUUAGAUUAGAUCACAAGUUAAUGGCAUGUAACCCACCUUGGGAUCGUUUCUUUAAAGAGUCACAUUAUAGUCUUAAGAUUCUAAAAAAA